AUGGAGCAGUUGUUGCUGAUGAAAGAAGAGCAGGAGUGUAAUCUGAGUGUUGACCAAAAGGACAUUAAAGAGGAACAAGAGGAACUCUGGAUCAGUCAGCAGGGACAGCAGCUUCACCAGCUGGAGGAGGCUGAUAUCACUAAGUUCUCUUUCACUGCUGACCCCUUGAAGAGCGAAAACGAUGUAAAACCACAAUCAUCACAGGUUCAUCAAAGCCAAACUGAUGAGAGCAGAGAGGCGGAGCCUGUAGCCAGCAGCUCAACUGUACAUGGAACACUGGGAGCACAAGGUGAUGGAGAAGACCACAGAGGACAACAACCAGCCAUCAACCCAGAUCCAACUAGUCGAUUACAACCAAACAGCAGUGGUAGGAGUUCAGACAGUUCUGAGGGUGAGACUGAUGACAGUAAUGAUUGGAGACCAACCAGAGAACUCGAUUCAGGUUUUAGCUGUCAGACAAAUAACAAUGUUUCUGUUACUCAUAGCAGGUGCAAUGUUAUGAAGGAACAGUUUAAUUCCUCUCAGUGUGGUGAAGCAUGUGUUCCAGUGAAUGGUUCCCAACAACAUAUCGAGAAACAAGCAAGGGAAAGACGAUAUCGCUGUUCUGAGUGUGGCACAAGAUUUCAACAAAAGUGCCAUCUGAUGAAACACAUGAAAAUUCAUACAGGAGAGAAACCAUUCAGGUGUUCUGAGUGCGGUAAAAGAUUUAGAGAAAGCGACCAUCUGAUCACACACGUUAGAACUCAUACAGGAGAGAAACCAUUUAGCUGUUCUGUGUGCGGUAAAAGAUUUUCACGAAAGAACAAUAUGACUGUACACAAGAAAGUUCAUGUUGAAGAGAAACCAUUUGACUGUUCUGAGUGUGGUAAAAGAUUUCGAGAAAAUGGUAAUUUGACUGAACACAUGAAAAUUCAUACAGGAGAGAAACCAUUUUUCUGUUCUGAAUGUGGUACAAGAUAUGGACGAAGGGGCAGCCUGAUCAAACACAUGAGAAGUCAUGCGGGACCAAAACCACUUAGCUGUUCUGUGUGCAGUACAAGAUGUGGAUUCAAGGGGGAUCUGAUGAUACACAUGAGAAUUCAUACACAAGAGAAUCGAUUUACAUGUUCUCAGUGUGGUGUAAAGUUUGGACGAAAGACCACCCUGAACAGACACAUGGGAAUUCAUAGAGGACAAAAAUUACUUGGCUGUUUGGACUGUGAUAAAAGAUUUGGACGGAAGAGCUGUCUGGUCAAACACAUGGAAACUCAUAGAGAGGGAAAAAAGUAAAUUAGCUCCAGAAUA